AUGACAAUGAGCACCACCGGCGUGUCGUGCCCAGGCGCGAGCAGGCGACUGGUGCUUGUCACCAAGGUCUUCAGCGACCACGAUUCCUUCUGGCGUGCAAACCGGAGCACAGUCCUUGAAAGUCUUGUCCUUGCGCCUGGCUUGCUGGUCGCGGAAGAGCCAAGAGCACGGAUGACCACUCGACCGAACGAGUACCAGCGUGUUGCGUCGCACGGGCGCGGAGGUGCUGGCAACAUCGCAAAAGACGACCCUACCAACUACCCCAAGCCAGAAGAUCUCGUCACCCCAACCCUCAAGUCCAACACCUACACCACGGGCCGAGGUGGAACUGGAAACAUGGCGCGCAACGACCCCGAGCGUCCUGACCUUGCGCGCGCUGCCCAAGACGUCGAAAGCAAGCCGCACCCAGAGCCGCAAGGCCCCAAGCACUACGGUCGUGGAGGUGCCGCCAACAUUAUCGGUGAUGGACAACCUGCGCAGCGAAAGAGCGCCGAGGCUAAGCGCAAGAGCGAGGACGAGAAGCGCGAGGACAACGGCAAGGGCCUGCUCGGCAAGGGCAAGGAUUUGUUGAACAAGUUGGGCAAGAAAUAA